AUGGCUCCCAUUAAUAAUGACUCUUUGAAACAUAUCAAGAACAAGCAAAGAAGGCAACAGGUCUUUGCACAACUAAAACAUGAACAAAAUAAGACUCGUCAUAAAGAACGUCAAGCCAGAGCCAGAGCAGAACGGGAGAACCCAGAAUUAAGAGAAAAGAGGCUCAUCGAAAAUGUUCCAGAAACUAUAGACUCCAAGAGAGUAUAUGAUGAAACUGUGAAUGUAGAGAUGGAAGGUGAGGAUAACUUUGAUAGUUACUUCAAGGAAGGUGUUGAACCGAAAGUUUUAAUCACAACUAAUGCAAAUGCGAAAAGACCAGCAUAUGAAUUUGCGGCGAUGAUGGUUGAAAUAAUACCUAACUCUUCUUUUGUAAAAAGACAGAGAAAAUAUACGAUAAAAGAUAUGGCAGAAUAUUGUUCCAAUAGAGACUUUACAGAUUUAAUUGUCAUCAAUGAAGACAAGAAAGUCGUCAAUGGUAUGACUUUUGUUCACUUACCAGAAGGUCCAACCUUUUAUUUUAGCAUUUCUUCGUUGAUUGAAAGAAAGAGAAUAACAGGUCAUGGUCAACCAACAGGCCAUGUUCCAGAAUUAGUGUUAAACAAUUUCACAACAAGACUAGGUCAAUCUGUUUCAAGAUUAUUCCAGUCACUCUUUCCACACAGACCCGAAUUCGAAGGUAGACAAGUUGUAACUUUGCAUAAUCAAAGAGACUUUAUUUUUUUUAGAAUGCAUCGUUAUAUUUUCAAAAAUGAGGAAAAAGUGGGAUUACAAGAGCUUGGUCCACAGUUUACGCUGAAAUUAAGAAGAAUACAGAGAGGUAUCAGACAGGACAUUGAGUGGGAGUACAAAACAGAGUUGGAAAAGGACAAGAGAAAAUUCUAUUUGUAA